AUGUAUGAAAGUUCCUGGGUCUUGAUUGUAUGCCUAAAUGUGUUGAUUAUUGGAUCUUACUUAUUGUUAUCCCCAAUCGCAUCACGACCGCCAUUGAAUUUGAAGGACGACCAAAAAGAAAGAGGAGGUCAAGACUGCUCAAGCGAUUUGGAUUGCUCUCUGAAUGGAAUCUGCCAAAAUGAAGUUUGCUUGUGUGAUAAACCAUGGCAUGGUCGAGAGUGUUCACUUUUAGAUGUUUUACCAGUUCAAUUUCCUCAAGGAUAUGGAAUGCUUCCGAAUCAAACGACAUGGGGCGGUGGAAUACUAGUGGAAGAGCAAGAGAACGAGGCAAAGAAGAGAUUGUACCACUUGUAUGUGGUCCGCAUGACCAAUAAUUGCACUCUAGAAUAUUGGACCAAGAACUCGCGUGUGGACCAUGCCAUUGCGGAGAGUCCCGCUGGACCCUAUCGAUUCUUGGACGUUGCAAUACCAACUCAAUCUCACAAUCCAGUUCCGGUUGCCUUAAAGGAUGGAACGUAUGCAAUUUUUCACAUUGGGUCUGGAGAGGGUGGUAUUAACGGAGGUGUAGACUGCAACAACAGCAGCGAUUACGAGUUUGGGGGGCAAAUGAAAAUGGAAGCAACCUCUGAUUCAAAUUUGGAAUCAACAGGGAGUACAAUACAUGUUUCCGAUUCGUUAUAUGGACCAUGGCGCCCUCUUGUGAACAACACACUUGGAUUUUGUAAUAAUCCAGCUCCAUUUGUCCAUCCAAAUGGAACCAUAUAUGUCGGUUGUCGUCAUGGGCUCAAACACUCUACGCUACGCCGUGCUGAAUCAGUUGGAGGACCCUACGAAGAAAUUGCAGACAUACCUGGAAUGUCACCUGAUGGAUAUGUCCUGGAGGACCCGCAACUGUAUGUCGAUCACCGAGGCCAUUUCCAUGGUAUAUUUCAUGCCUACCAACUAUAUCCAAAUGCAAGCAACUGUGAGAAUGAUGUUGUUGCGAGUCAUGCCUUUAGUGCCGAUGGCAUCGAUUGGCAUCUUUCCAAGGAGCGACCAUAUGGCACCCAGCUGACGCUUGCCAAUGGAAAGUCGAUUACGUUAGCCACUAGAGAACGGCCUAAACCAUUGAUGCAGAACGGUCGAAUGACGCACUUGGUGCAAUCGGCGUGUGGAGUUCCAAACUGCUACUCUCGGACAGGAUGUGUCGAUUGCAAGUACAAGAACUGGGACUUUACUCUUGUGCUGCCUCUGGAUAUCUAA